GCAUCACACAGUUCAAUGACAGGAGAUCACCGGGAACUGCAUGUGCGUGUAUUCCUGCUAUUUUUAUAGUUGCUCAAUAGUGGCACAGAUAUUUACAUAGGUUCAUUAAUGAGACCUGUAUGAAGAGAUGGGGAACAGCUCUUGAGCCUAGUCAGGUGACACUGAUAUGGACCUUUAUUGUUUCCACUUAUUUACUCGGAGGACUUUUGGGAUCCCUUCUUGCUGGCCCAAUGUCUAUUAAGUUUGGACGGAAGGGUGCCCUGCUGCUGAACAACUCCUUCAUUUUUCUGAGUGCAGUCCUGGCUCUGAGCAGUCGCUCAGCUGGUUCUUUUGAGAUGAUCAUCCUUGCACGUCUGUUUGUGGGGGUCAAUGCUGGUGUUAGUAUGAACGUCCAGCCCAUGUACUUUGGAGAGAGUGCACCGAAAAACAUGAGAGGUGCUGUUGCCUUUUCUUCUGCUGUUUUCACUGCUCUAGGGAUCCUGAUGGGCCAGAUAAUGGGUCUGACUGAAGUUUUAGGGAGUGAGUCUCUCUGGCCAUAUCUACUGGCAAGCAAUGCUCUCCCCGGACUAGUGCAGCUGAUCACCUUGCCCUGGUUUCCAGAGAGCCCGCGUUACUUGCUCAUCGACCGAGGGGACAGAGAGGCAUGCAGUCAGGCCCUGAAACGCCUCAGAGCGUGCAGCGUUUUUACUGAUGAGAUGGAAGAGAUUCUCCGGGAGCGGGCAGAAGCAGGUGAAGCCCAUGCCAAGACACUGUGGGAACUUCUCAGAGACCGAAGUCUUCGCAGGCAGCUCUACACUGUAACGGUUGCUAGCAGUGCCAUGAUGUUGUGUGGAAAUGAUUCCAUUUACUUCUAUGCAUCCUAUAUCUUUCAGGAAGCUGGUAUUCCAACAGACAAGAUUCAGUAUGUCACAAUCGGGACAGGUGCCUGUGAGUUCACUUCCGCUUUGGCCUGUAAUCUGCUGAUUGAGCGUGUUGGCCGCAGGUUACUCCUCGCAGGUGGGUAUCUGCUCAUGGCUUGCUGGGCGGUGGUCUUCACUGUUGCUCUUUCGCUGGAGGGCAAAGUGGCUGGCAUGCCCUAUCUGAGUAUGACCUGCAUGUUUGCCUACAUCUUGAGUUUUGGCAUGGGUCCCGCAGGAGUCACCGGGAUCCUUCCUGCUGAGAUCUUUGACCAACUGGCACGUCCCGCAGCUUACAUGGUUGCAGGUUCCAUGAUGUGGCUUAAUCUCUUCCUCGUAGGAAUGGCAUUUCCAUUCAUAGUUAAUGGCUUGGGACAGUUCUGCUUCAUCCCCUUCUGCGGUGUUUGUGUGGCUGCGUGUCUUUUUAUCAGUUUCACUUUACCUGAAACCAAAGGGAGGACACUAGCAGAGAUCACCGAGGAGUGGAAUAAGAAAGGCACAGCUAAUGGAAACCUUAAAUAUAGUCAACAAUCUCAAAGUCUGACUGAUCCAUCAGAAUGCCUAGAGAUUGAGAAGGUCUGUGAUAAAUCUGGCUGAUUGUGUUCCUACUGUAUUCUGCUUUUACUUUUAUCAGUUUGACUCUGUAAUUGUUUUCCAACUUGUUUAUAUUUUGACAUUCAUAUUAAUUUAUUAAUAAUUUGUUCAAAAUUAAUGAAAAUGGCAAAAGUUUUUCAAAACUAUAUGAAACCAGCAUGAAUACCAAAAAAUACACAUUGAUCUAUAAUUUUUGUUUCUUCUCUUUUUACAUCAAGAUAAUGUCAUUGUCAUUGUUUUUACUUUCUGACAUGACACACAGCUGCAUUUUAUGUAAAAAAAAUUGCACUUUGUACCUUAUUUAAUCAACCGGGGUAACAAAGUUAGAUUUUAUAUUAUUUUAAUCUUUAUUACUUAUUCUAUCAGUCUUUCCCCUUCCUCCUUCCUAUUUGACUGUUUAAAUGCAGCUAGGAAAUAUAAUAUGUGCAAUUGUUAUAAAAAAAAUUUGUUGGAAAUUUAUGUAGGACUGCUGUUUGAAUCUCCUUAUCAGAGAGUUUUUUUGUUUGUUUGUUUGUUUGUUUGUUUUGUUUUACAGUUUCCCAGAAUACUUGAAUAUUCAUGCCUGCAAAAGUGAAAAGCAAUUUGCACUUAUGUAUUUUACCUCAUUCAGUGUUUCACAAUGUGAUGUUGUUCGUUAUUUAUAAAAGAGUUACUUAUUUUGAAAGCAACACCCAAAGUGCACUGCUGUCUUGUAUUUGUCAGAGAUUUGUCUAAGAGCCUGCAAGUUAUUUGAAUGCUGUACCAGCAGAUGGCACUAUAUCACCAUCAUUGUUUUCUUCUGUCUGCACUGUUUGUCUUCUUAAUUAACCAAAACAAGAUUAUUCACAGCAUGCCAUUGCAUUUAGGUAACCACUGAUGUAAAGGAAGACAAUCAGUAUCAACACUAAAUAACCUUCAUGUGUGCCUCAGAGUUUCACAUAUUUGCUGCCUACUAACCUGCCUAUAUAACCUCCAAAGUACUAACAUAUAUUCAACAAAAUGAAAUGGAAUAUUCUAUCCAAAUGUAUUGAAUUGUAUGAUGAUUAAACAUUUGUCCUAAUUCUUAUAAUUCGGUCUGUAAGAACUUUCUGUUAAUCUGUCAAAAUGCUGUUUUUGUAUAUUCUACUCAGUUUUAGUAAGUAAAAAAGUUGCUUGAUGAAA